CAAGAAUCUUCCGAGUAGCUGCCCUGAAUUGUCAGUGCAAAGACGCCGCGAAUGCAACAGGCAAACCGGGAAAUAGGCCCACGUUUGAUGAUGCAGGUGGCUUUUUCUUUCUUGCCCACCCUGUCUCUCCCGCGACUCCCGCCUGCCACCUGCUUUGCGGUUUGCCAUACCAUGGAUGGCAGGCACGGGACACCUACCUUAUUUCCCACAACCCUGCUUUGAUCUUUUGUAUCCUUCCUCUGGGACUGCCAUCGGGACAUACCUAUUAUCUGACGCCUUCUUUGCUCCAUGGGUACUCUGUACGGAGCAAGGUAUCUCUCAAUCUGAAAUGGCAGGCGAGUGUUUCCCUCAUUGAUAUUUACAGGCUGCAUUGCCCAAUCAUGUACGGAGUCCACUCCGGCCGGCCCCACUCCACUCCGGCGUGGCAUCAGAUUCUGUUUCCCAUGCUCUUCUCAUUCCUCAUUCUUUCCUGACUCUUAGAUCCAAGUCAUGAUUUUUCUCCGCUCCGUUUGUCACUUUUUGCCCAGCUUCUCUUCCUGGCUGUUUCCGUCUGGCCCAGCCUCCUCCCUUCUCCCCCCCACACAACUUAUUGUACCGGUACUUGACUCCGUAGCCAUGUGGAAAUCCUGAAGUCAGGUUAUUCCCCCCUAAGGCUUUGCGGUUCACCUGCAGUCUGCGGCGACUGUCAACCUCCCAUGCAGAUUUCGGCCAUGGACAGCAACCUACGGUCAUUAGCCUUGAGCUAGCCAACUUACCUAGCUACCUUGCGUAGCACGCUGCUACGCUGCCAUACCUUAAUCUGAGAUAUCGGGUCCAGCUGCAAUGGCACCGGCUAAGGCCAGUAGGUAUUCUGACUCUUUCCCAGCGGUGAUGUCACAACAUCUCUCCCACCGGGCCAUUGCCAUGAUUUGCAAGCGACGGGAGUCAACACGAUCCGUAACCAGGCAGCUAAGCGCAUGCAGACAUGAGAGACAUACCCGCAGUGAACCAGCCCUUGCAACCGCCAAACGGUUCAAUGGUCGCUGUAUCCCUGCCACGAUCCUAAUCACUUGCCCACACAUCAGCCACGGGUGGACUGGCGACUCGCGGGGAUAUUCAAGGCAGGGGCAGAGAAAUGUCCUUGUCGAUUUUGCAGAAGAUACCUACGAUCCGGACAUUAUUCAACGAAUGAACAUGGUCAUCUUGAAAGCAAGCCCGGAGCAGCCCAGCCCAGCCUAGCGAUGAGGUACUUACCUACGGGAUACCACCAUGCCGUACGUAUUCGUGCCUCAUUCCGUGGCCGUGAUACCGUAUUCACAUCCUUGCAGGAGGAAGCAAGACGGUGUGUUUACUCCUGCUUGGCCUGAAGUGGCCUGCUACUGAGGCUUGCCUUGUCUUCCUCUGCCUUUUCUCUAGGCCGUUUAUUCCUGUUUCUCGUAUGCUCGCGUGUCUGUCUGGAGUAAGGUACUCCGUCGUAAGGCCGCCGCGCCUUCCUCUCUCCACGCUGUGGUGAACCUGCCUGUUUGGUUCCGCUACAUUCACCACCCCCAUCCUAUCCCAGCUUCACCUUGGGCUGCCUGUCCUCCCCUCCACCUCACCUUACCUCGCCUCUCCUAAGGAACCCUACACCUUCUCCUCCUCCGUCAUUCCGCCGUCUGUGUGGCCUACCUUGAACAAAACCUUUCCUCCCUCCGUCCCGCUCGUUGCACCUAGAAGCUAGACGUUGGCUCCUAGUCCUCCGCUGCCAUCACCGCGCUGCCAUCACCGCGCUACUCUCGCCGCCUCGCCCGCUCGCUAGUUCAACUCCACGAGGCUGGUCUACUUUCAAUUUUCAGUCACUCGCUUUGACGACACUCGUUGCUCUCUUUUACUUCCAGCUUCGAGCUCUUGUUACACCCUGCCCCGCGUUCGCUGCCCCGAGACCCUGCCAUCUACUUCGAGGAACCUGAUGGGAGUACAUCGACAAUUGAAGCCAUCUUCAUUUGCCUCACCACCCCUUCCGCGCACUCGUUAUACUGUCAGCCCGAGCCGACUCUCGAUCACCUUCACAAAAAGUAAUCUUUUGUGAAGGUAGCUUGUGUCGCUUUACGGGAAUCUAAUACCAUAAUGUCGCCCCCUUUCACACCACGGGGAGCUUCUCCCGACUCGAGCCUGACGCCCCCGACUAAUCCGUUCGGUUCUAACCCGUUCGACACCGACAAUGAUUCGAGCGCGGCUCCCUCCCUCGCCAGUGACUCGACUUUUACUGUGAACGCUGUUGGGCAAACACAUCCGUACGACACCACAGACAGAUCAGGCCAGAGAUCAAGUUGGGCCGACUCCUCUCACCACCGUCUAAGCAGACCCGAUAUCGAGCCUUCACCGCUGGGCAGAGAAGUUCCGGUCUAUAAUGAAAAGGGCCAUCACCAAUCCUCUUCUGAGACGGAUGUUGAAGCUAGCCAUGUUCCGCCUGUUAUUUCCGACCCCGAGAAGGCAAAGGAGACGCACACGACCGCACUUCCACCCUCAUCGGGCGAGUCUUUCCCCAAGAGACUUUACGGCCGUUUCCGCGCAACCUACUGCCCCAAGGAAGAGCCGCCUUUGGUCUUGCCGGUAUGCCCGAAUGACACCGAGAAGCUCAGCUACGUUCACACCAACCGACUGCUUCUCUACAUCUUUGGCGUCUUCUCUUUCCUCUCGCUCGGCGCCGGAAUGUGGCUAUUCGCGCUCUCUGCCCCGGCAUUCUACUGGUAUGGCGUCUUCGCGGGAGCGAUGUGCAUCUACCUGUUGAUCUCUUAUGCCGUCGGAAUCAUUGGUCGAGACUGGGAUUACAAGGCUCACUUGGAUCUGGUUGAACGCUUCCCCAUUACCGAAGAGAACGCCCCGACCGUCGAUAUCUACCUCCCCUGCUGUUCCGAGCCCAUCGAAAUCCUGGAAAACACAUACAAGCACAUCGUCAAUAUUGAUUGGCCUGCGUCCAAGCUCCAGGUUCACGUCAUGGACGAUGGCAACUCGGAACCGGUUCGACUUCUCGCUGAGAAAUAUGGUUUCAACUACUCCGUCCGCGAUGACCGGCCCCGUCUCCGAAAGGCUGGCAACCUGCGAUGGACCUUUGCACAGACCAGCGGAGAGUUCUUUGCCAUUUUCGAUGCCGACUUCUGCCCACGCCCUGACUUUGUUAAGGAAUUGAUGGUUGAGCACUUGGGUGACGAUAAGACGGCCCUUGUUCAGAGCCCUCAGUACUUCCGCGUCACUGAUGACCAAACUUGGGUUGAGCAGGGUGCGGGUGCCACUCAGGAAUUAUUCUACCGUGUCGUGCAGGUCAAUCGUAACAGAUGGGGAGCCUCAAUCUGCGUUGGUAGCAAUGCCCUCUACCGUCGUGAGUCUCUUGUCGAGGUCGGCGGAACGGCCGAAAUUGGUUUCUCUGAGGAUGUUCACACUGGUUUCGGUGCGGUUGACCGCGGCUGGAAGGUCAAGUACAUACCUCUAUGCCUCGCCACCGGUGUUUGCCCCAACUCUCCUCGCGCCUUCUUCUCCCAGCAGAUGCGAUGGGCUCGUGGUUCAACGACUCUUCUUACCAACCGCCACUUUUGGGUAUCGAACCUCACCCUCAUGCAAAAAAUCUGUUAUCUCUCAGGCUUCUUGUACUACGCUGCGGUCUCACUCAACAUCUUCCUCGCCCCUAUUGCCGGUACUCUUCUCCUUGCUAUCCGCCCGGAAUGGUUCAAGUUCUGGAACCUGGCUUUUGCUAUCCCCUCGAUUCUAUACGGUGUCAUCCUCAUGCGUUGCUGGGCCAAGGCCAAAUAUGGCUUCAACGUGCAGCAUGCCAUGACGGUCCAGAGCUACGCCUACCUCACCGCUAUCAAGGACCGUCUCUUCAACAUUGAGCUUCUCUGGGCUGCCUCUGGCGACUCAAAGGCUCACAAGAGCAACAAGUAUCGCAACAUGCGCCUUCUUUGCAUUAUCUGGACCCUCAUUGUCACUGGUGCCAUGGUCGGUGUCGUCACAUGGCGCCUUGUCACUGGCUUCACCUGGUACCAUCCCUUGCCACUCAUCAUAAUCAACGUCUACAACCUGUUCAUCAACCACUACUUCAUGUUCUGCAACUGGUAGAAUCCUACCGGUGUCCAGGCAUGCGAGGGUUGCGAAAACGAUGAAGUGGUAUUUGUUAUUAAAAGCUUGCAUUAUACAUGGACAAAUGGAGUCAAGACAUUUGCUUUUUCGCGAUUGAGAUGACGGAGGUAGCAUUGACGGUUUUACCCGUAUGGAAACGGCCUUAUACCAUGGACAUAGACGCAAGCACAAAAGUCUGCCUGCACGCACUGCUUCCACAGCAUACAUAGUUGGUACUCUUGUAUAUCACGGUGGAUAGAGUAAUCGUGGAAGUAUAGCAGCGCUGCUGCCCUUCAUAAUCAUAGUAAAUAUUAAUACUUGUACGAAGAA